GGGCCUAAUUCCAUUUCUGAAGAAGACCUUUUGAAAAAACUGGGGCAGAACUACCUUCAGGAAACCCAGGAUUCUUCAACAACCUCUGCAAACAGAAACAGACUGAGGCUUAAAUACCUCUCCUACGUUGCUGAGUGAAAUGUUGAUUCGUUGUCACUGUCUCACCUAAUGCAAGAGGGAAAUAACUGAUGGGGAUGUGGCACAGAAGUGGUUUGGAAUUAUUUGGGUCACAGAACCAUGGAGAGUGGCUGCACUGCAAAAGCCAGAGCUGGUCAGUAGGACAUGCAGCCCAAGCCAUUGCUGCAGAUCCUUCCUCUCUUUGUCCCUUUGGACAUCAAAGGAUCGCAAGGGGACAGCCCUGGCGGGAAGCUCCUCCCUGCUCAUUAGCCUCCAUAAAACAGGAACUCACCUUGGCUAGCUGUGCUCGGGGUCCCAUCCUCAUCCCGCUCACUCUUGACACUGGAUCUCAGAAGGAAGGGCUUGUGCUUGCUUCAGGAAAUCGGACCUGCUUUUGAACUGGACUAUUUUGGUUCCCCUUGCAAGAACUCUGGUGGCUCUCUUGGCCGUGCAAGCUCCUAGACGUCACAGUACAUGGAAAAAUGCAAGCUUUACCAGACUUGAAAGCGCCAUGUGAGGCCCUUCCUUCCCCCAGCCUGGAGCCCUGUGCACAGAGCUCCAUUGUGGUCACCCUCGAGGACAAGGGUCUCUGGAUGAAGUUUCAUCAGAUUGGAACUGAGAUGAUCAUCACCAAAUCUGGCAGACGAAUGUUUCCACAAUGCAAAAUCAAAGUCUCUGGCUUAAUCCCGUAUGCCAAGUACCUCAUGCUGGUAGAUUUUGUGCCAAUGGACAACUUCAGGUACAAGUGGAAUAAAGAUCAGUGGGAAGUUGCUGGGAAAGCAGAGCCCCAGCUCCCUUGUCGCACGUACGUUCACCCAGAUUCCCCAGCUCCUGGCAGCCACUGGAUGAAAGAACCUGUCUCCUUCCAAAAACUGAAGCUCACCAACAACACUCUGGAUCAACAUGGACAUAUCAUCCUGCACUCCAUGCACCGUUACAAGCCGCGCUUCCACAUUGUGCAGGCAGACGACCUCUUCAGUGUCCGCUGGAGCAUCUUCCAGGUCUUCAGCUUCCCUGAGACUGUCUUCACUUCUGUCACUGCCUACCAGAACGAGCAGAUUACAAAGCUCAAGAUUGACAACAAUCCAUUUGCUAAAGGUUUCCGUGAACAUGGGAAGAACACUCGAAGGGAAGGACGAGCCAAAUGCCAGAAGCCCAGUCCAGCCAAGAGCCAGAAGAGGAAGCUGCCUGAGGAAAAGGAGCAUGAUGCCGAGGAACGUGAUUUUGAGAAGGAUGAGAAUGUAGAUGUGAAGGAAGAGAGUAACCCCGUGGUGGUCAGCAGUGGAUAUCCCUUCUGGGGCUCGGAGCAGAAUGGCAGCCAGGCCUUCCCUGCGGCAUCGCCGGUGCCUGCGGAGCAGAGGGAGGGUCUGGCCAGGGAGCAGCAAGUGCCAACACCGUCCUACCAGACAUAUCGGUUCCACGAAGCCGGGGACAGCCAGCACCUUCCCGCCCGCGAUGCCACGGCCUUGAACGAUUUCCGGGCAAGGUGCCACGCCUUGGAUCUCGCCACGGUGCCCGAGCACGACUCCAAACAGCUCCCAGAGGGCUUCACCAACCUGCCCCCGCUCCCCCCGCCUCUGCCUCCUCCCCAGGACUACACGGGAGUGGUGAACAUGGCUCUAGACUCUGUGGGGAAACCCGGGGCCCGAGCGCCCGUGUACGGUCCCUAUGGCACCGAGCAGGGCCUGGGGCAGUGGGUGGUGCCUCCCCACAGCCAGUACAGGGCAAUGAGCUACUCGGCCUUCUCCACGGAGUACAACACACAGGGCGCUCCGGGACAUGCCCACGGGACCAUGGCGGAGUGGAGCCAGUACCCUCUGUUCCCCUACGCCUGCUGGUGAACGGGGAGGACCCUUCCCAGUGAAAAAACUGAGGGAGAACUGUAAAUGAGAUCAGAUUUGCUCUGGGGUGUUGGACUUCUGGAGCCUCGCCUGCACUAGGCAGAGGUAUUGCUGCAAGUGGUAGAAUGGGACACCUUCACUUCCUUGUCUCCUUGCGCAACAACCCUCACUCACCAUGUUUCACAAACAGUGGCUAAACUGGUGGCUGCCCCAGCUGUGUCACUGUGGAUCAGGCAGAAUAAAUGUCCUGCAGUGUCUUUUUUCCCAGCAGGAGUAGGAAACCACGGGAACUGCAAGGGCAGUAGUUAAAGAGCUGCUGAACUUGCAGUCACAGGCUGUUUGCACCUCGUAUUUGGCAGUUUCCAAAAUCCCUUCCUCCCGGGACUUGAGGCAAGGAGAUAGGGGCUAAGGAGUUUCAGUAAGCCAUCCAGGUGGCACAAAAGCUGUAGACAAUAUUGCAAAGACAAGUGAAACAAGCAAUCCUGCUGACCUUUGAGCAGGUUCCUCAGUUAGUAUAGUCAAACUAAAGCUAGUCUUGCCUUUCUUCCAGCAGCAGAAGAGAGUAAAAUGCACAGCAAGGAGUGUCUGGAGCAUAGCAGUGGGUCAUGCAGGCAGGGAAGAGUUUGUUCCAUGCAGGAGAAGCAGCAGGAAGGCUGUGUGUUGUGUCUGCAUGUCCCCGUGCCCAUCCCUCCUCUGUCAGCCCUAGAUUCAAGGUCAGUGAAAUGCUCUUCUUUCUGCAGAGGUGGAGGGAGGUUGUUCCUGGAAUGCACAGAGCUGCUCUGGGAGUUUCCAAGGUUGUCAGAAGCAGGGCCAUGAACAACAGUGCUGUAGUUUAACUCCAACAUCUUUCUUAAGAGUGAAAGGAAAUCUUCUGCUGUAAACUUCUUACUUCUCCCACACCCUGCCACCCCUGGAGAAUAUAAUUUAUAAUUGUGGUUCCUGUGCUACACUCUGAGUGUGUGAAGUCAUCCCACCACUGUUUGGGAGUUAAGAGGGAUCAGCUUCCAUGUUUAGUUAACAAAGUGGUUCCACCUCCCUCCUCUCUGGUCCCAGCCUGGGCAGGAGCCAGCAUGUGCCAUACAAGGAGGGUUUCCUUUCAUCUUCCUGUUAGAAGGGGGAAGCCUCCCUAUUUGCUAAGUGGCAAAUGGCCCUGGCAAUGGGGUCUUCAGUGAGACAGGCUCUUUACUUCUCAGGGAGGGUAGACAUGUUUCUAGGUGUUGUUUAGGGAAUGUUUUCUUGUCACACUAAUCGCUGCUCUGUGGCCUGUAGCCAUCAGUAGGCAGAGAGGUGUAUCAUUUAGCCUGUGUGCCAGAUUGUUUUCUCUGUGUGUGUAGCAAGAUGUUGUCUAUGAACAGACCUGGGCAGGUUUGUGCCCAGUGCAUCAGGAUUGGUGUGCAGGUACACUGGGAAAGGCUGUGUGCUGAUCUGUUGGGAUACCAGGUCAGCACUGUGCAUCUGCAUAGCAUAGGGAUGUUUGUUAUUGUUAAAAUUGUUUUGAAAAGUAGCCCUAUAAAUUUGUGGACUCAGUUCAAAUGACUACUUCCUUAUUUAAAUUGUAUAUUGCUAACUGUGUUUGUACCACAAACUGUGUUAUGAUACAUGCAGAGCAGUCAAGUACUUCCCCUGGGCUUCCCAGGCUUUGAGGAUGUGCAGCAUUGAAAUAAAGGUCAGACUUCACCACAGUACAUGAACAUAAUGCCCUGUGAGCCUCCCCUCUGAUGGCACCCUGACCAGUAGUGAUUUGUACUUGCUGUGCAUGACACACAAGUGGAUGUGAGCGACUCACUAAACAGAAAUCUGUUUGGAGAAGAAACUGUGGAGGAGGUUGUUUUUAACCCAGAAUAUUGUGAUUUCCCGCUGUCCAAAUGCCAGCUGCGUGAAGGCAGGUCAGCUGUAAAAGGCUGACUGACCUCUGUGGAUGAAAUAGUCUGUCUCUGACCAUUAGUAGCUGAUUUUGCCAGCAGUGUUUGUCACAUCUUGGAAAUGCAAUGAGCAGAAUGGCUGGGGAGUCGAGUGGGUGCCUUGAGCCCCAUGUGCAGGGACCCUGGGGGUACUUUGUGCAUGACAGUCCUCCUGGCACCCACCGGGAUCAGUGCCAGUGCCAUGCCAAGAAAAGAGAAAGAAUACAUCCCCCCAUGGGCUACCUGGUUAGAUCUGUUCCUUUAUCUUUGUAGCUGGGAUGUGUUUCCCUGUCACAGGGUGCUAAUGAGGAUGAAAAACACGCUGUGGUGAGUGUAAGUAACUGAGGAGAACUGGGCAGCACUGGGAAACUCCUGUGCAAAUACAAGUGCACUGUUCUUCCUUUCAAACCUUCAGAGCAGCAUUGCAGGUGCUGCUGCCCCAUGGGCCUGUCGGUAGAGCUGGUGUUUGGCACAGCUCCACACUGGGGUAAAAGACUCAGCCUUGUGCCUAGGACGAGCCAUUACUCAUCAGCCUUCUGUUGCAACAGGACCACUUGCCCUUCUUCAGUGAAUCAUCCAGCCUAUUGGAAAAGUACCUUUACUUUCUCGCUCUCCUCUCUCUGGUGAGAGACUGUGGCUCUGGCUGGUUUGUGAAGCCUUUGGAGAUUUUGCCUGUAGGUGUGUGCUCUGGACUCUGCUCCCACCUCCUCCCUCUGCAGUUCCCACUGUCUUGUUCUCCUCAGCUGUGGCAUUUAAAAGUCUGUGUGAGCUCGACUGAAAUGCUGUUUUUGCACGCAUGUGACAUAAUGUAAUGCCUCUGACAGCUUCAAUAAAGGGAAAUGAGACAUGUGGAAGGCAGGCCAUUAAGAGUAAUAAAAUAAACUCAGAAGUGCGGGUUUGUGCAUCUUUCUCAAGCACACCAGUGGCUCUGCUUUAGUCAUGUUACCUGGGGCCAGUUUGUACAUGCAUGACACAUGCUGUUGAUCUCGGGUUCGUUGUUCUCUGCAGCGUGUUCAGUGAGCCUCAGGUUAUCUGCUCGCACUGCUAGAUGUGACUCAGGCUCUUGCACCAAUUCUUUGCAGCAAAUUGUUUAUUUUCUCUGUAUUUUCUGCUCCUCUCCCACAGAGGAAUUACAUAAGGAUGAGGGCAAAUGGACUAUAAAUGGGAUCUAGGUAAAUUUCCUAUGGGAAAUAAAGAUCUUAAUUUA